AUGAAGCUUUUAUUAUUCUUUACAGCUAUUCGUCUAGUAUAUGGUGCUGGACCUCCAGGAAUCGAGCAAACAGGUUCAAUUCUGGAAUUAUCAAGCCAAAAUCAAGAAAGAAAUGAAAUGGUCACAUUCCCAACUUCGCAAAGUGAUCCAACUGGAGCAAUAAUCGAAAGCCAAGCGCCAAUCGGUGAAAAUGGAUUUGUCAAGCCUUUGCCAGGUCAACCUGAUUUUGGUCGACCAAUUGGAGACGGUUUUUCACCACCGAUAAAUCCAGCUCAACCUGAUUUUGGUCGACCAAUUGGAGACGGUUUUGCACCGCCGUUAAAUCCAGGUCCUCAAAUUCUUCUCAAUUUCCCAUCACCAAAUCGAGAGCAAGGACCGGUGCAAGGAAAUCAAUUUGGCCCUCAAAAUCAACCAAAUGGACCUAUAAACAGUGGAUUUCAAUUCCGUGGGGAUAACGGAGCUGAAAGAGCCGCGAAUACCCAAGACUAUGACUAUCAAUCAUUUGAUUUCACUGCUCAGAAAGACUUGAAAAUCUUUACCUCACCUCUCUACAGAGUUCACAACGUGGCUUUGAAAAGAUUCUACUCUCACACAAAUCGAAGAGAUGUUGACAUGAAAAGAAGACAAGGAUUUGAUCGACAAACCAAUCUCGGUCGAAUGAUCCCGAUGUUGGGGUGGUUGAAGAGGAGAAAAGAGCUCUUGCAGAGAUGUCCGGAUCUAAUCGAGCUACAGUAUUUGUCGAAUUCUCUUGGUCGACAACUCUUGACCGUUUCCGCUCAGAAAGUGGAGACUUUCAAAAGGGGUGGUAUUUGGCGGCAAUUUUCAUCAUUAGGAGUUUGUGUAAAGAAGCCAAGUUGUGGCGCAACGGAGCCGCUCUUUGAGUUGAUCGGUCAACGGGCACAAGAUGGUGAUGCUAUCUAUGUGACAACUAAAAAUGAAUACGAGAAGCUCAUUCGAAAGGGUAACUAUCGAGACGAACGAAAGGAAAAGCCUGUCUGCUAUAUUUGGCCUAAA